CACCUCUUUGCUUCUGAUGAGAGGUGAUUAGGGUUAGGGUUUACCAUCCCACUCAAUUUGAGAUUUUCCUCGCUUCUUUCUUUGACCGAUUGACUCCCUGCCUCCCUCAGGUUUCUUCCUCGUUGCCAUUCUUUGAUCUCUUCACGGAACUUCAUCUGUUGACACUUUGUUUACCCUGCCUUUUGUCGCCCAUCAUACGGAGCUACACUUUUUCUGUUAAGAUUUUGUUAGGGUUUUGCAGUCGGUCUCUACGUACAGCUGGUCAGAUUCACGGGCUUUAACGUCUCUUCAACCUUUCUAAGUUUCCAUGGAUUCCUCGUCUCUUAACUCCCCGGAGCUGAUGAAUUUUAUCAAUGAAGAGAAGCAAAGAGCUAUGGUUGCUGAGAUGGUGGCUAAGCUUACCAGUGUCUGUUGGGACAAGUGCAUAACUGGAACACCAGGGAGUAAGUUCAGCUCCAGUGAAUCCAACUGUCUAUCCAACUGUGCCCAGCGCUAUAUGGAUAUGAGCAUCAUCAUUAUGAAACGAUUUCAAAAUAGUUAAAAGGAUCUCAACGUGAGGCUUGCUUUUCCAGUUACAAGACAAUGUAUUUUCUUGGGUAUAUUGUUCAAUUCAAACCGAUAGGCAAAAGGUUAUGAAUUUCUGGAAAUACUGUUCAUUUUUUUGAAGUUGUUGCUGCAUUCCCUAAAUCAAAUUAUUUUACAUUACAUCUUGAUGAGAAGAGUAAUGAACUGAUAUGGGGUAUUCUGUUUCUUUCAGAGAAAAAAGAGAACGAAAAUUAGGGGCAUUCUGUUUUUUCUUUUUAAUUUUGGCAUAUCAAUAUGUAGUUUGGAGUAAUUGGAAUGUGCUUUCGUUCGGGCAACCUGCUGCCUGCUUCUUUGUCAUCCCAAGAGGAAGUCGCUCGACGUGGAGCACUGCCUCAUAUGUGUGGAUGAAGAUAGGCGGCAGGCGUUCCAAUUUUCAUGUAAGUGGCUACAUGGAAUAGUUUUUCCUUUCGUGAAUCUUAAUAAGAUGACAUGUCACGUUUGCACCAA